GAGGAGGAGGAGGAGGGAACUGCGGAAGUGAAACUGCUUUCUUCUUACCCUACAACAACCAAAACAUUGCUUCGCUAUGGGAGAGUCCACGUCGUCGGAAAGAUAUUUUGUAUUCUAACGGUUUGUGUAAAUUAUCAGGAACCCGUUUUCUCCGCCAUGCUUCAGCUGAACGACGCGGUGGAGCCGGACAGUCCGGGGGCUGCGGUUCUCCACCCCGCGGAGACCGAGGAGGGGGUUGAGGUUGCCUUCACGCCGCCGGAGGCCGCCGGACGAAGCCUCGGACACGCAGCCUCCGUGGCCUGCUGUCMGCCCCUACAAACCCUGACGCCGUUUCACGUGCACAACCCCACGAUGCAAGCUAAAGUGAAGGACUACUUCGUGUUCAGGCCAGGUACCGUUGAACAGGCUGUGACUGACAUCCGGACUGUGGCUCUUCCAUCAGAGGACGGAGAGGUGCACAGUGUGUGGCUGCUGGCAGAAGUUGACCACUGGAACAAUGAAAAAGAGAGACUUGUCCUUAUAACUGACAGGUCACUGCUGGUGUGCAAGUACGACUUCAUUAACCUGCUGUGCCAACAAGUUAUCAGGAUUUCCCUAAACGCUGUAGACACCAUCUCUGUGGGUGAAUUUGAGUUUCCACCAAAAUCCCUUAACAAAAGAGAAGGUUAUGGGAUUCGUGUCCAGUGGGACAAACGUCCCCGGGCUUCCUUCUUAAACCGCUGGAAUCCCUGGUCCACAGACAUGCCCUACGCCACCUUCACAGAGCAUCCCAUGUCCCACGCUGAUGAGAAGGUGUCCUCUCUCUGCCAGUUGGACAACUUCAGAACCCAGCUGGUGCAGGCAGUGAAGAAAGCUCACAAGGAGCACCCCAUCCCCGGUCGUGCUAACGGUGUCCUGAUCCUGGAGAGACCCCUGCUCAUCGAGACCUAUCUGGGAAUUAUGUCCUUCAUCAACAACGAAGCGAAGCUGGGCUACUCCAUGACGCGUGGCAAAAUCGGCUUCUGAAUUAUGUUUUCCUGCAGGGAUAAGCUCAUGUAACACAGCUAUGCCGUUUAAAGGAUAAACUACAGUGUAAGGUGCGUCAUGUCUGUUUGUGCGUCAACACCAGGCAUGUCCACACCUCCUGAAGUUGGCGUCACUGACAGGUGAUCAGCCUGCAGGAGGUUAAAGGUGGGCAGCACUGUGUGGACUGUUGACUCAUUUGUCUCGUUGUGUCUUCAGUUGCUUUCCGUCAGAGAGCUGCAAACAGAUCUGCC